UAAUUAUUUAGGAACUUUCUAAAUCAAUUAUUUCCACAUGCGUUCAGUUGAAACCGACCAAUUAUUAGAACACACUCUUCUCUAACAUCUCUUCUUAAGUUCCUUCUUACCUUUGUUCGAUUUAAUCAACACACACAAUUUCGAAAUCAUACACUUUCUUCUAGUCUCGUGUUAUCUUCUUCUUCUUCUUCUUCUCUCUUCUACUGGUCCGCCAUUAUCCUUGAGUUUCACGUCUCUUCCAGGAGAUAAAAUUUCCGCAAUUUCUUGAUUUGAUCUGUAAUCAUGGCAUCAAUGGGUUUCGCCUUGACCCGCUUCUCUGGACUCGCUGCUAAAACCAGCUUAUCAGCCGACUUCGAUCCCUCCUCUCGCCGGAAUCUUCGACCGCCGACUAGAGUCGGUCUGAAGAUCACUUCCGCCGCCGAAUCGGAGCCUGAUCUCAGUGUCACCGUAAAUGGCCUGAAAAUGCCGAAUCCUUUCGUGAUCGGGUCGGGUCCACCCGGUACCAACUACACCGUCAUGAAGAGAGCCUUCGAUGAAGGCUGGGGAGGCGUCAUCGCCAAAACCGUAUCACUAGAUGCAUCCAAAGUCAUCAACGUGACACCUCGAUACGCUCGGCUACGAGCCGGAUCCAACGGCUCAGCGAAAACAGACGUGAUCGGGUGGCAGAACAUAGAACUCAUCAGUGACCGACCUCUCGAAACCAUGCUCAAAGAGUUUAAGAAGUUGAAGCAAGAGUACCCUGAUCGGAUCCUUAUAGCUUCCAUCAUGGAGGAAUACAACAGAACCGCCUGGGAAGAGCUCAUCGACCGCGUUGAGCAAACUGGUGUUGAUGCUUUAGAAAUCAACUUCUCUUGUCCACACGGUAUGCCAGAGCGCAGAAUGGGAGCAGCUGUUGGACAAGAUUGUGCGCUUCUGGAAGAGGUUUGCGGAUGGAUUAAUGCUAAAGCCACAGUUCCUGUAUGGGCCAAGAUGACUCCUAAUAUUACUGACAUAACAGAGCCGUCCAGGGUAUCUCUAAAAACAGGAUGUGAAGGAAUUUCAGCCAUCAAUACAAUCAUGAGUGUAAUGGGAAUCGAUCUCAAGACACUGCAUCCUGAGCCAUGCGUUGAAGGUUACUCAACUCCAGGAGGCUACUCUUACAAGGCCGUUCGCCCAAUCGCGCUCGCGAAAGUUAUGAACAUUGCCCAAAUGAUGAAAUCUGAGUUCGGUGGGAAAGAUCUCUCGCUUUCGGGUAUUGGAGGUGUUGAAACUGGCUAUGACGCCGCUGAGUUCAUUCUCCUCGGAUCAAAUACCGUACAGGUAUGUACUGGUGUGAUGGUGCACGGGUAUGGUCAUGUGAAAACCCUAUGCGCGGAGCUUCAAGAUUUCAUGAAACAGCACAACUUCUCGACAAUAGAAGACUUCAGAGGGCAUUCGCUUCAGUACUUUACAACGCACACAGAUUUAGUCAGGAGACAGAAAGAAGCGAUUGAGCAGAGAAAAGCCGAGAAGAGAGGCUUGAAAUCUGAUAAAGAUUGGACCGGAGAUGGGUUCGUUAAGGAGACUGAAAGUAUGGUUUCUAACUAACUAAGUUUGCAAACCAAACCACAAAAAGGCUCUUUACUUUCUAUCGUUUCGCAUUGGACUUCUUAAGUCUGUCUCACUUGAAAGAAAAAAUAAAGAAGUUAUUGUAUCUUAUUUCAUUCUCGUUGUGUAUCAUUCAAUGUAUCAUGUUUUUCUUUUCCGUAUAGAUCCCGCGAAAGGCUUAAAUCACGAUUAUAUUCUCCUUUCCGCUAAGUGGCAGCCAUUGCCACCGUUUCUUUCGAGUUGGUUUAGUUUUAUUUUUUUGUCACUUGCAAUCAUAAAGACUAAAGAUUUUGUUACAGACUUAUGUAUCACGGCACAUAGAUAAGAUGUAUUGAUUUUUUUUUGUCAAAGUAAUAUCGAUCUAAUAGUGUCUGUGUGAUCUAAAA